GUGAGAAGGCAGAGAAGGAAAUGAGCAGGUUUGCAGAGCAACUGCUGGCCUGAAACUGAAGCCAGAAUCGGCAUUGCUUGGCUCUGGCUGAGAACAUGGCCAAUGGCAUCGACGAGCUCAUCGGCAUUCCCUUCCCCAACCACAGCAGCGAGGUGCUGUGCAGCCUGAACGAGCAGCGGCAUGACGGGCUGCUGUGCGAUGUGCUGCUGGUGGUGCAGGAGCAGGAGUACCGCACGCACCGCUCCGUGCUGGCCGCCUGCAGCAAGUACUUCAAGAAGCUCUUCACGGCCGGCACCUUAGGCAGCCAGCCCUACGUCUACGAGAUCGACUUCGUGCAGCCCGAGGCGCUGGCCGCCAUCCUGGAGUUCGCCUACACGUCCACGCUCACCAUCACGGCCGCCAACGUCAAGCAGGUGCUCAACGCCGCCAGGAUGCUGGAGAUCCCCUGCAUCGUCAACGUGUGCCUGGAGAUCAUGGAGCCCGGCGGGGACGGGCCCGAGGAGGACGACAAGGAGGACGAUGACGAUGACGAGGAGGACGACGAGGAGGACGAGGAGGAGGAGGAAGAGGAGGACGAGGAGGACGAGGAGGAGGAGGACGCGGAGGAUUUUGCAGAUCAGGAAAACCUGCCUGACCCCCAGGACCUCAACUGUCACCCGAGUCCCUCCCGGACGGACCAUCUCACGGACAAGGCAUUUGCGGACCCUCCCAGGGACUUUCCCGACUCCUUCCAGGCCAGCAGCCCCGGCCCCCUGGGUGUGAUCAGGGACUUCUCCAUCGAGUCUCUGCUGCGUGAGAACCUGUACCCCAAGGCCAACCUCCCUGACAGGAGGCCCUCCUUAUCUCCCUUUGCCCCUGACUUCUUCCCACACCUCUGGCCCGGGGACUUCGGUGCCUUUGCCCAGCUGCCCGAGCAGUCCGUGGACACUGGGCCCCUCGACCUGGUCAUCAAGAACCGAAAGAUCAAGGAGGAGGACAAGGAGGAGCUGCCCCCAGCCCCACCGCCGCCCUUCCCCAGCGACUUCUUCAAGGACAUGUUCCCUGACCUGCCCGGGGGUCCUCUGGGCCCCAUCAAGGCAGAGAGCGACUACGGUGCCUAUCUCAACUUCCUGAGUGCCACGCACCUGGGCGGCCUCUUCCCGCCCUGGCCGCUGGUGGAGGAGCGCAAGCUGAAGCCCAAGGCCUCCCAGCAGUGCCCCAUCUGCCACAAGGUCAUCAUGGGCGCUGGGAAGCUGCCAAGGCACAUGAGGACCCAUACUGGGGAGAAGCCAUACAUGUGCAACAUCUGCGAGGUCCGCUUUACCAGGCAGGACAAGCUGAAGAUCCACAUGCGCAAGCACACCGGGGAACGGCCCUACCUGUGCAUCCACUGCAACGCCAAGUUCGUGCACAACUACGACCUCAAGAACCACAUGCGCAUCCACACGGGCGUGCGGCCCUACCAGUGCGAGUUCUGCUACAAGAGCUUCACGCGCUCCGACCACCUGCACCGCCACAUCAAGCGCCAGAGCUGCCGCCUGGCCCGGCCCCGGCGCGGCCGCAAGCCGGGCGCCUGGAGGGCCGCCAGCCUGCUCUUCGGGGGGCCGGGCGGCCCGGGCCCCGACCCGGCGGCCUUCGUGGUGCCGCCCGCGCUGGGCGACGUGGGGAGCCCCCUGGGCGGCGCCGCCGUGUGCCUCCCGGGCCCCAGCCCCGCCAAGCACUUCUUGGGGACGCCCAAGGGCGCGCUGAGCCUGCAGGAGCUGGAGCGGCAGUUCCAGGACACGCAGGUGAAGCUCUUGGGGCGCGCGCAGCUGGAGGCCGACAGGCACGCGGGGGGCCUGCUGGCCUUCGCGCUGGCCGAGAACGUGGCCGCCGCGCGCCCCUAUUUCCCGCUGCCCGACCCCUGGGCCGCGGGCCUGGCCGGCCUGCCCGGGCUGGCCGGCCUCAACCAUGUGACCUCCCUGUCCGAAGCCAACAACUAAGGGGUGGCGGUGCAGCCCUGACCCCUCCCCAGUCACCG